CUUUGUACUUAACUCCGAAACUAAAUCCGGGUAACGGUGGUGACCUUGSUGAGUUAGUCAUCAUGGCGGCCAUCGUUAGAUUGAGUUCUGUGUGUCGUAGGGGUGUAAAACCUCUGUUCUACCAAAGCGCCCUGCUGGCUAGGCCAGUUGUCGUCUUUCACAAAGAGCAGCAGCUCCACCCGCUGACUGCAAGGAUCCAUUCGUCACCACCGCUCUACGCGGGGUCUGACUCCAAUGCUGCGUCUCUUCACUGGACAGCAGAGCGAGUGCUGAGCAUCGCCCUGCUUGCCUUGGGUCCUGGUGCGUACUUCUGCCCCGGGUCAGUCAUCGAUUACUCCCUGGCUGCUGCACUCACCCUGCAUGGACACUGGGGUCUGGGUCAGGUGUUAACGGACUAUGUCCAUGGGGACACAAAGGUCAAGCUCGCCAGUGCAGGCCUCUUCAUCCUGUCCACGGUCACCUUCGCCGGACUCUGCUACUUCAACUACAAUGAUGUGGGCAUCUGCAAUGCCAUCGCUCUGCUCUGGAGCAAAUGAAAGGGAUUUUGGACUGGCGAGCUCAGGGGGAACCAGCGCUUUUUGAGAAAUCUUGCCCCAGAUAAUUGUAAAAAGGAAAAUAAUAAUAAGUCAAUAUGUUCUUCAUAAGUUCUUCUAUCAUUUUGCAUUUACUGAGGAUGUAAUGUGUUUGUCUAAUGGAUGCCGAGCUGUUCCAGUUUGUUUUUUUCCAUUCAGUUGAGCUGCAAGCAUUUACUUUAGAGAUUCAAGCAUUUUUAUCCAGACAGCCAUGGUUUGGUUAUAAUCAAGUCUUACAGAAUACAGAAGUUUAACAUCUUCCGUCAUGUUUUUAUACACAUAUAUAUAAAAUCAGCCACACACUUUGACACAGCAGGCCAUGUUGCAGCUCUAACCCAGCUGUGGAGGUUUUUCACAAGCCACAAUAAAGUUAUUUUAUGAUUCAUUCAGAACAGUCUGGUUCCCUUUACAGCAUUUCUAGAAAUUGAAGAUUGCACCCUGAAUUUAGGAUGCUAUUUUUUUGAAGCUAUGCAACAAUGCGUAGCUGGAUAUGAAGUUGCAAACUUAACUUCUGCUGAUUAUACUGUAGUUCUGUACAAUACAUAAAACAAUCAGAAAGCUUGGAUAAUUGGAUAAUGUUUUUGUUUCUGUUGGUGUUUUCACUUCCUGCAUGCAGCUUAAAUUCUACAGUUUCAGGGGMUAGUCAAGAAAACGGAGCUCUGCCUUCUGUGUCUACACAAUACUUAUGCAAUAAAACAGCUGGUACACAUCUGGUUUGGGGCUGGGGGUUUUUAUUGAAAAAAAUAGUUUAAAAACACCUAUCUAUAAUAAAUAGUAAAAUGCAUUUACAUUAAGUGGUUAAAAGAAAAGAAGUUAGGAUAAAUCUGAGGACGAAUAUUUCUGUAUAAAACUGGGAAUGACUUCUGGAAAAGACCUUCACUUAAACUAAAUAUGACUGAUGGCAAGUCAAAAUUGUGCAUUAAUUUCAAUGUAUGUUACUGAUGACACAGAAAUGAUCAACAAAACAAAAUGUCUACUUGAAUAAACAGCUGCCAUAAAUGAGGUAUAGUGGAGUGAGUCAGAAUCUGGAUGUUGCUGUCAUGGAAACAAAAAGUACUCUCCAAGAUCCUCCUCUCUCUCUGUGAGUCGGACUCCAAUUUGACUUCUGAUUUUUCCAUAAUUACCAAACAAAAGAAAAGUCGAGGGAGGAAGCAUCAAACAGAUCUACCUGUGGGCCACUUUAUUUGGCAUACUGUUUAUCUGAUUUGCUGUUUGUGAUAGACUGAGCUUCAACAGCAAUACAAGAGGUGUAAGUAACCAAAUGUGGAUGGUUUUAGUCAUAGCUGAUGGACUGGAAAGAGUAUUUCAGAACCUGCUGACAUUAUCACACACACAAGCACCUCUCAGGUUUACAAAGCAAUGCGUAGCUGGAUAUGAAGGACGGGAAAAAGAAAAGCUGAUGUCAGAGAAUAAGGCUUGUUGACAAGAAGGAGUUCAAAUAACUCCUCAUCCCAGUCGUACAGACUUUAAUUGAGCCAAAACGAGAAAUAGUUUGCAUUUCUCGUUUGGACUGUGGGUACUCUCCCAGUCCAAAAAAACAUGAAUGUCAGGUUAAUUGAUCUCUUUAAAUUAUCCUUAGGUGUGUGCRCACACACAUACACACACCUAAAGAGUCUCUGUGUUUGGGCGGACAGACGGAUUCUGUGACAUGUUUUAAAAAUGUGCUAUCCUAUUGUAACCUGUCAGAGCCACCAAUAAAGCCUGGCGAGCUGCA